GAGGCUGAAAUGUCGAAACUCGAGAGCCCGUCUCUUGCUUCCUCUUCCCAUUCUACAACCCCUUCCACGGUGCCAAAAGAUCUUGUCACCGAUGUUUUGCCCAAUUUCACACCAAUCGACGCGCCUUCACCUGCUGGAUCCGUCGCUGUGCCGACCCCAGCUACUCCCGUGAAUGGAACGCAUGAAGACAAUGCAGGCGAAAGCAGCAAACUAAAUGGGAUUAUUGGAAAACAAGUUUCGAGACCGAAGAUCGUGCCCAAUGUUGAGAAAGUAGUAUUCGAGAGUCGGAAAAGGAGUAAGCUCAAGGGCAGGAGCUUACAGGACGAGGAAGCUGCCGCUCAAUCCGCUGCAAGAAUUGCAAGCAGUCUUGCCGCAGAUCAGAACGCUGCCCUGAACCCAGACGUGGACACCCCAUUCACGGACGCAGCCGAUGUUGUAAAGAGGCUUCUGCCAUAUCAUGUUUUCCAACAUCCUGCGGAAGAUCUAGCUUCUAUGAGUCAUGGUAUUGGUAAGGGUAAGAGGAAAGCCACAGAGGAGGAUCUUCUACGAGAGGAAAUUGCUGAAACCAAAUCUGCACUUCAAUGUUGGAAGAGACGUAGGACUCUUGAAAGGCGUUUCACGGAGGCGAGGACCAGUGCGGCGAAGCGUUCUGCACCAGAUGAUCAGGCAUACGUUCUGGCACAAGCUAUUCUUGAAUCAGAUCGACAUGAGAAUGCCGCUAUCAAUGCAGAACUACGAGCGGCGAAACAAGAACUGGACAGACUAGAACGUGAAAAGAAAGCAGCGGCCGCAGCAGCUGCAGCAGCCGCUCAUCCACCUCAGCCUCGCGCAACAUAUUACCCUCCACAGACAACUGCUCCAACAUCUUCGGCAUAUCCGACGCAGUAUCGAGGCUACACAUAUGCAUAUGGUCAGGGAUACAAUUCCCAGUACACAUAUUCUCCAUACGCGACGAAUCCUGUACCGCCGAAUGCCUGGAGCACCUCCGUAUUCUCGCAGACCCCUCGAACUUCAUAUACCACGCCUUCGUCAACAACGACUUCGACAAAUCCCCCUACAUCGGUUUCAACUGCAACCACAGUACCAUCAUCCACUUAUGCUUCGGUUUCGUCUAUUACACCACAAGCGCCGGCAAUGGCACCCUUGACGUCUACGUCACCUAUUCCUGUUCAACUUCCUGUGACUUCUCUAACCGCGCUCUCUGCGCUUGGGAUCAUCCCUGUCCCAGUUGCGAAUGCACCACCACCCGGACAACCGCAGCCUGCUGCAGUACUAAAGGGUACCACUCAGAAUGGGACGAUGGUCAGCUUGGAGAUCAACGUUUCAUCUUUGCAGCAGAACCAAAUGAGCGGACUCGCAUUCAUUCUGAGUGCAUUAACAUCGCGGGGAUUGAAUGUCGAUGCUGCUGUAGCAGCUGCAACCGCUCCAGCAGCUUCCAGCAAUGUACGAUCUGCAGCUUCUCCGAAUACCACCGGAGGUACACCGCUGGUGACGAGUACUCAGAAUGCAGACGGUAACACCCCGUCCAAUGGAGAACCGUCAACAUCUCACGAAGGAUCAGGGGUAUAAGGACAGGUGGUCUGAGUGUGUGAUUGCUGGGCUGAUGUAUUUCUGUUGGUGAACUUUGUUGUUAUCUAUUACCCUCUUGUAGCGUGUCCUCCCAACGGCCUCUUUAGCAAUCAUACUCAAACCAAAUUUUGAGUGCUGUUUCUUGACCAUGCUUUCCGCUUUUGUCAACUGGUGUAGCGGUCAGAUCUCGCGGGGAUUAGAUAGUCGCUCAUCCGACGCCAUGUGGCCGAGCUGCCGCUCGGUAGUAG